AUGAUAAAUUCAUCUUGGCCAAAUAUACCAUGUCAAAUGCAAAGACCAUCAUUAUUUGAGGAUGAUGAUGAUGAUCAUACUAAUAAUAAGAAUGGAAAACAAAUGCUAUCAAGAAGUCUUACAUUUGAUAAGGAACCAUUAAAACAAAAACAAAUAAAAAGACUAAGUCGAUCAUCACCAGCUAUAAUUGAACAACAACUACAAUGUUUAGAUCGAAGUUUACUUAGUAAUGAUGAUUGGCGGCAAGAGACAAUGGCUGAUGUUCAUAUUGAUCCAUUACCAUAUGUACGUGACAUGCUUAAUGAAUUGAGUAAUACAGAAGCUUUUCUUUAUGCUCGGCAAUGUCAUAUUGUUGUUGCUAAAUUACUUUUAUGUUGGAGUGAUGUUAAUGAAGAAAUAAAAUCAUUAUUAAAACAUAAAGAAUAUACAGAAGCAGCUAUUGAACAUAUUCGAAAAGAUUUAAUAAUUAAUAAAGAGAAAGCAACAUUAUUGAAUGAAAAUAGUUUACCACUUGUUGGAAAUUUACUUGCUUUUACAUCAUAUGUUAUACAAGUAUUUCAAGACGCAACAAAAUUAAUUGAAGAAUCAUGUGAAAUUAAAAAACAAGCGAUGAAUCAAAUAAAAGAUAUAAAAGCUUAUUCAUUAACUGUUAAUCAAAGUCUUGCGGAUAUUAUUACAUUAGCUAUGAAUAAAGAAAAUUUUCACUUCUACAUUAAAGUGCGUACUGCACUUAAUAUUCAAGCGAAAGAUAUUCACGAAGAACUAUGUUUUACUUGUGGUGAUGAAACGCCUUCUCUUAAGACCAUUGAAGAAUGGUCGAAAUGGUUUUGUGAAAGUCGAGAAGAUGCUGAAGGCGAAGUACGAUCUGAUAGUCUUGUUAUUGAAGCAACAUCUGAAAAUAUUGAACAACAAUUAAAAGAACAACAGAAACGAAAUGAAGAAGUACUAGAUAUACCUCAAUUAGUUCGUGAUUUUCUUGAUCCAGCUGAAUUUUAUCAACAAGUAAAAACAAUCUAUGAUAUUAACUUUUUUUGUGGUGUAUCAGAUUCUUUACUCAAAAGUAUACAUAUAUAAAUUUUCAAAUCAAUAGAAUUAUACUUAAUUGAUUAAGAUU